AUGAAGAUGAAGAAGCGCGUCUUGUGCGUAUACGACGGCCAGAGAAGGCUGUGGAAAGACGACAUGAUGCUCGAUCAAGAGUUUGAAGUGCGCAUGAAGCUGCCUGACGGCAAGUCUUACGUCACAGAUCUGGACGUUCAGACCUUCAACCGCGCAGAUGCCCUGCAUUCCGCGACGAGGGAGGAGAGAGGACCUUGGGUGCCCGACAACAUCGUCGGCGGCAUCAACGGGAGUGGGCUCUCUGAGUACGAAUAG